AACGCGCGCCCAGGCUUCCGCUUUUGGCCGUGCUGCUCGUGUCUGUCGCUGCCGCGGUCGCGUGCUAAAAAUGGCUGCAGCCGGGGACUCCGGCGGUCCUGAAAGCUACCGUUCUCCGCUGGCGUCCCGCUAUGCCAGCCACGAGAUGUGCUUCUUAUUCAGCGACAAGUACAAGUUCCAGACGUGGCGGCAGCUGUGGCUGUGGCUGGCGGAGGCUGAGCAGACCCUGGGUUUGCCUAUCACAGAUGAGCAGAUCCAGGAGAUGAGGUCCCACCUGAGCAACAUUGACUUCCAGAUGGCGGCUGCGGAGGAGAAGCGCCUGCGGCACGACGUGAUGGCUCACGUGCACACAUUCGGCCACUGCUGUCCGAAAGCUGCGGGCAUCAUUCACCUGGGCGCCACCUCCUGUUACGUCGGAGACAAUACAGACCUCAUUAUUCUGAGAAAUGCAUUUGACCUGCUUUUGCCAAAGCUUGCUAGAGUGAUCUCGAGACUUGCUGAUUUUGCUAAGGAACACGCUGCUCUGCCCACCUUGGGUUUCACACAUUUUCAGCCUGCUCAGCUGACCACGGUUGGGAAACGCUGCUGCCUUUGGAUCCAAGACCUCUGCAUGGACCUCCAGAACUUGAAGCGUGUCCGUGAUGAGCUCCGCUUCCGGGGAGUGAAGGGCACUACCGGCACCCAGGCCAGCUUCCUGCAGCUCUUCGAGGGGGACCACCAGAAGGUGGAGCAGCUGGACGAGAUGGUGACAGAGAAGGCAGGGUUUAAGAGAGCUUUCAUCAUCACAGGACAGACCUAUACACGAAAAGUGGACAUUGAAGUGCUAUCUGUGCUGGCCAGCUUAGGGGCAUCAGUGCACAAGAUUUGCACUGACAUACGUCUCCUGGCGAACCUGAAGGAGAUGGAGGAGCCCUUUGAGAAACAGCAGAUUGGCUCGAGUGCGAUGCCAUACAAGCGGAACCCCAUGCGCUCCGAGCGUUGCUGCAGCCUGGCCCGUCACCUAAUGGCCCUUGUCAUGGACCCGCUACAGACAGCUGCUGUGCAGUGGUUCGAGCGCACACUGGAUGACAGUGCCAACAGACGGCUCUGUUUGGCGGAAGCGUUUCUCACUGCAGAUACUGUGUUAAAUACCCUGCAGAACAUUUCUGAAGGACUGGUGGUAUACCCCAAAGUUAUUGAACGGCGCAUUCGGCAAGAGCUGCCUUUCAUGGCCACAGAGAACAUCAUCAUGGCAAUGGUCAAAGCUGGGGGCAGCCGACAGGAUUGCCAUGAGAAGAUCAGAGUGCUCUCCCAGCAGGCAGCUGCCGUGGUUAAGCAGGAAGGGGGCGACAAUGACCUCAUAGAGCGCAUUCGGGCAGAUGCCUACUUCAGCCCCAUCCACUCCCAGUUGGAGCGUCUGUUGGACCCCUCUUCUUUCACUGGCCGAGCACCCCAGCAGGUCCACAGAUUUCUAGAAGAGGAGGUACAUCCCCUGCUAAAGCCCUACGGGAGUGUGAUGGAGGUGAAAGCAGAGCUGAGUCUGUAGAAGACAUGCAAAGAUUAUUGGGACUUCGCUAAUUGUAUUGUGGAGAAAUUGAAUUCUGAAGUGCCUCCUUUACCUCAAGAAUGUACAUUGAGAGCAGGACAGUGGUAGCACAUGCCUUUAAUCCCUGCACUCAGGAAGCAGAAAUAGGUAGAUCUUUGAGUUCAAAGCCAGUUUGAUCUAUAGAGCUAGUUCCAGGACAGCCAGGGCUACACAGAGAAAACUCUGUCUCAAAAAAAUAUAUACACACACACACACACACACACACACAUUAAAUUUGUUGUUGCCUAGGGUUCACAAUAGACAGGUGUACAUUUUUGUUGGUUUUUUUGUUUUUGUUUUUGUUUUUCCUGAGACCGUGUCUCAUUAUGUAUCCCUGACUGGCCUGGAACAGAGAUCCCCCUACCUCUGUCUCCCCAGUAGGGAUUAAAGGUGUGCACCACCAUGCUUGAAUGUUUUCUUCAUUCUUUACAGCAGCAUAAUCUUGCAGAGUAAUGUAAUUUAGACUCACAUAGUUCCCAGUUGCAGUGUUUUCUGACUUACUGUGAGACUAUGUCCCCAUAAGUAAAAACUUCUAAGUAAAAACAUGAGUCUAGUUCACCAAUCAAAUAUUGUUACAUGCUCAUAACACUGACAGUCGCUUUUAGUCAGAGAAGAUUGUCUGUCACAAGUCCUAUUAGUAAUACAGUCAGAUGUCUGGUGUAGUGUCCUGAGUCCUGUGCGGGCACACUUAGCUACACACUCUUCUUCUAUAGUCCUUUUCAGGUGUUCAGUGGAUUGUAAAGGAGCAAGGAAUCCUGGUCCCGUGAAAAUGGGUUUAAAUAGAAAAAUCACCUGGACCCAGUGGUUCAGAAUUAUCAGAUACCUUGAUUUCAGUUCUUUUUUUACUGAGAUUAAGUCAUGAUGUUUGUAGCUAAAGAACAGGAAAGAAUGGGUGCUGUUGGGCCCUUCAGCUCAGGUUGUGCCUAUUUCAGUUUUUGGAGAGGCUUGCUUAUCAGGGAUGUGCUAAUGAAUAAAUGGAUUGCGUCAUGGCA